AUGUCUCUAGAGUGGAAUGCUGAACAAACCCGUAUCCUUAUUGAUGAACGUAAAAUGGGUAAUGAAGAGUAUCACCAGACCCCCAAGCGUUGCAAAAAAAUCUUUUGGGAGGAAAUAGCAGAGAAGCUUAACGAAAACUAUAAUACGAAUUACUUCACUGGAGAAGCUUGCAAUAAGAAAUUCUUAUCAUUAACUCGAGCAUAUUAUACGACUAAAGCCCGUUAUGAAGGAACCAAGAAUAAGAGGAGUCUUGUCAGAGAACAAUAUUACGAGGAAUUCUCCACAGAGUUUUGGAAAGAACCUCUACGCACUAAUGAAGGAACAGGUCCCCUUGGGAGUAAACCAUCAUCAUCUAAUUCACCGAGAAGAUCACAACCACCAUCGAAAAUUCCAAGACCAUUAUCAUCAUCCGCAACUGUUUCAAGAACCGGAACUGCUUCAAAAAACCCUCGAGCAAUUCCUUCUCCUAAUAAAUCGCGUCCAACAACACCCUCUAUAUCAAGACCACCUUCUUCUAGUUCUAGACCCGUCACGUCCUCAUUUUCUCAAAGCGCUGAAACAAUUAAUAUUUAUAUUAAUUAUAAUAAGCCAGACGAUCAAGAGUGA